GGUGCAGAAACCGGGUCAAUCGUGUCCAAGACCGUUAAUUAAGAAUUUAAGAAAUUAUUUUUCCAGAGUCCAAUAUCAGAUGUCUUGAACAGAAAUAUAAAAUUGUAGGAGCAAUAACGAGAAUGAAUAUGUAAUUAAAUUUAAGCUCCAGAACAUACAUUUGAUCAGAAUCAGUAAUGCAGAUACAAUAAAAAGCUCCACUCGUAUUAAGAACUGUUUAAUUCGUGCAAUUAGAAAGAAAUUAUUGCUUUCCGCUUUCUACCGCGCUUUAGCCUCUUAAAAUCUCCGUUUCCUUUUUUUCUCCAUUCGGAUCGAUCGAUAUGGAAAAAGUGUUGGCGGUUUCGCGUCCAAAUGUGCAAUAAAUAGCAAAACGUCCGUGCAAUUGCUCGUAACUGGUUGGUUAUAGAGUUUGAAAAUAAACGAGGCCGAUUCGUCGUUCGUUUCUAAUAUUAACUUUCCCGAUAAAAUUCAUUUCCUCGGUUUCUGACGAUUUUAUCGAUCCCCUAAUGAAAUUUUCUUUAUCCGCAUGUUCGAGCCAAGGUCGAAAAGAAAAUCGUUCGAAAAGAAGCCGGAGAAAAGGAGACAAAUCUUUGAUCGAAACGAGAUAAAAUUUAUCUAGAAGGGAGUUACUCUCAGCUUUUACUUCCUCUCUCGAAGAACAGAAGAAUAGGGGUAAAAAACUUGUGUCGAUUCGACCGUAUCGAAUCGUCUACCGGCAAGCCACUCGGCAAAGAUCAGGAAAAAAGUUGGGGGAGAAAGAUCGCUGCCGAAAUGUUACUAAUCCUGUUAAUAAAAAAGAUGCGACACUUAUCACAGGAAAUUCGUGAAGUUUGCUGACACUUGGGAAAUCACCCCCAGAAACUUUUCUUCCCUCGACUUGACGAACUGCUGUUCCAUCGACAAAAACAGCAGAGGUUGAAAAAAUUCAUUAUGAAAUGCCUUCAAACAAGACUGGGAUCGAUCGCUUUCAGAUGCUAAUCGGAUAAAAUAUGAUCAACGACGACCGAUGAUCUCUGGACGCCCGUCGCGUUAUCAAAUCGCCCGGAUGGCUAAGGGAAUGGGAAAGGAAAAUGGGGAGAAUCAGCUUUAAUGUCAUGGAAAUUGGUGCAGGAUCGACCUGGAUGCAACUUUCUCACUGAACAUUUUCUCUGUUCUUCUUCGACCGUUCUAUGUUCCGGGAAAGAAAAGAAAUAUUCAAAAUGGAGGGACAAAGUUGUGCGAAAGUCCGUGGACAAUAGAAGAAGAUUCAGAGGAUGGACAAAGUUGGAAAAUCUUGAAAAAAUUAAUCUAUCUCAUAAAAUAUAAUUGUUAUCGUUAGUAGGUGUCUUAAUUGUAUCGGAUAAGGUAGCUCGCAACAUAUGUGUAUUUCUCCUUAUCGAUUAAGGAGAAGCGUAAACUGUCCUUAUUUCUCGUUAUUAAUACUCGAAAGCUAUACCUACGAAUAUCGGAUAGAGUCAGUUACCCAUUUUACUUAUUAUUACAAAAACUAAUUUAUUCUAAAACCCUGACAUAUUAUCGGACGAAAAUGUUAAUGAACAAACUCUCCCCAAGAUUUCUAUAUCCACUCCUAAUGAAGAAGAAACUGACCAGUGAAUUUUCUGCGAGGACAGGCAAAUUUUGUGAAUAUCGAUUAUCGUGUAAGACUAUUAUUCGUGAUACGUAAGGAAAGAAAAAUGUAUUCGAUCGAGAAGACGUUAAUCGUGUGGUCCACCAUGGUGUCUAUAUUGGUGGACGCUACAGACUACCAGGACGAUUACACAUCCGUAGAAUACAUCGACGAGUCUGAUAUGGAUUUCAACUCCACCAAUUGUAGCAACAUUUAUUGCAUUUCGAACGAGGAAUACGUGGAUCGUAUGAUGAAUUACAUAUUCCCAAAAUUGUGGGAUUGGGUGCUGAUAGCUUCUCACGGUAUCAUCUUUGUCGUUGGAUUAGUUGGAAACGUGCUAGUCUGUACCGCGGUCUACAGAAAUCACACAAUGAGGACUGUGACGAAUUACUUUAUCGUCAAUCUGGCUGUGGCUGAUUUUCUGGUACUGUUGCUCUGUCUUCCUUUCACGGUGCUCUGGGAUAUCACCGAAACAUGGUUCCUGGGACUGACUUUAUGCAAAGCCGUGCCAUAUCUCCAGACAGUAUCAGUGACCGUGAGCAUAUUGACUCUAACUUUCAUAUCGAUAGACCGAUGGUACGCGAUAUGUUUCCCUUUGAGGUUCAAAUCUACGACUGGACGAGCGAAAACAGCGAUUAUUGGAAUCUGGGUGAUAGCCCUGCUAUUUGAUAUUCCAGAUUUGAUAGCGUUACACACCUUUCCACCGACGCAUAUCAGAGUAAAAACUAUCCUGUUCACUCAAUGCGCCACAUCUUGGAGUCAAAGAAGUCAAAUCACCUUCACCAUCGUUAAGCUUAUCUUUCUGUACACUGGACCCUUAAUCUUCAUGAGCGUGGCGUACUGGCAGAUCGUUAGAGUCCUCUGGAGAAGCGACAUUCCAGGACACAAUUUACUGCCACGGGCAUCCCAGAUGAGCCGGACUCCUUCGUCCGGGGGCGGAAAUCCUGAGAUACAGCUAAGAUCCAGAAGGAAAGCAGCGAAAAUAUAUACCAUUAUGUUGCCCUCGGACAAGUGGAUGAACAAUAUCUGUUUGGUCGCGCACGGCCUCUGUUACUUCAAUAGCGCGGUUAAUCCUCUGAUCUACAACUUCAUGAGCGGGAAAUUUCGAAAGGAAUUUAGACGUACUUUCCGUUGCGCUCAAGAAAGUAGUUCGCGCAUUCAACGUGGAUAUCUAGCGAGUACAUCUAAUCUAGCUAGGAUAAAAUCCCGAACCACCACGAUACGAACAACGUUCAAAAAUAAUAAUAACGUUCAACGAACUACCGAAAUUGUACCUCUUAGUGCUAUAACUAGUGUUCAACAAAAUGAGAAACACGACUGAUCGUAAGUAUAUGUAUUUCGGGGAUUAUACGUAUACUUCGUCACUAUAUCGUGAGAUUGUAAAUUAGCCCAUUAAUGCGGCAAUCAUUGUGUAUAUUGUUAUCCUGCGCGAAUGGGCUAAACCUUAAGAGUUUCUUUCUCAUCCACUGUAUAGAAAAGUAAUGGAAUACUAUACCCAUAAAAAUCAAGAAGUUUUGAAACGGUGUUUCGGCACCUGAAUGUUGUGCAAUUUAGUAUUUGAGGAGUUUUACAACCUCGCUAUAUCGUGACAAAGAUUAUCCCAUUAGAAAUGAAGUAAAGUUCAAAAGUAAUUUAUUUAAAUAUAAUUUCACCUUUAACAGUAACAUAUUUGAUACCACGUAGAUACAAAGAAAACGUUAUGUUUUACUUGUUAAAGUUCAAGUAACAGAAAAAAAUAUGAAAAAAUAGACAUGUGAAAUUUGUUUGAAAAAUGAUACUUUUUAAUGUAACGAAAUAUUUCAUUAUUCGAAAUGUAUUUAUACUAAACUCGAUGUUCGUUCACGCAGAACGGAAACAUAGGCACACGCGAAUUUGCGAAUCAUUCUUCGUAAUUGAAUGAUCUCACUCUAUAAUUAAUAUUUAUACUUAUAAUCCUGAAAAGACGACGUGUGCUGACAGAAUUGUAUGUAAAAAAUUUCCUCCUAACUUCUCUCCCAAUUCUAUGUUAUAAAUAUAAUGCAGUAUGAAUCUUGUAUUCUGUACACUGUUUCUAGUACUCCGUGUAAUUUUAAGAAAAAUUAUCUUUACUUCGCUAAAAUUACAAUUUAAUUAUCCCAAUAAUCAAUUCCAUGCGUAUGCAAUUUCGUAAUGAAACAUUUUAUACGAAUUUAAUCUCAACAACAGUCUGUAUGCUUGAAAGCUUUCGUGAAAUUUUACAAAAUCGAACAGAGGAAAAUAAAUUUAAUCGCCAAUGAAUUAUCAA